AUGGACAGCGUUGAGCCAAAUGGCCUUUCUCCCAACAGGCAGUCAUAUCUCACUGUUGGCUUGGACGAAGCACAGCUGGAUGUCUUUGGGGAGCGAGUGGCAAAGAAGCCCCUGUCUGUUUUGGAAAAAGUGAAGGCGCAAUGUUGGUGAGUCUAAAAAUAGAUUUGGCUUUAGGCCUUGUAAGUCAGUAUGGGCCCUCAGCCAGUUUUUAAGGCUUAUCGAGACUGAUUCUUCCUGAGCUUUGGGGUCGUUAACCCUGUGUCUGUGUGUGGUUGUUCUUCCAGGUGUUCCGGUCCCAGGUUGAAGGGCUUACUGCUGGGCUUUUUCCCUGUCCUGUCAUGGCUUCCUCGCUACUCCAUCAGAGAGAACACCAUUGGAGACCUGGUGUCUGGAAUUAGUGUUGGGGUCAUGCAUCUCCCACAGGGUAAGGAUGCAACAGCACAUAAUACUGAUCAUCUUAAAACUUAAGAAAAUGUCAAGGUCUUACUUCCACAAACAGAAGCAUGCAUCUUCUAGAUAACAGUGCAAGACAAGUGCACAGAAGAGAAUUUGGAUGCAGACAUGUGUAAAGUUGUCAUUUAAAGCCUAAUUAGGCAUCCCUUCUCUACUACAUAGGCCCCUGUUGAAUCCCUUAACCUGAGAUGUCUAAAAGAAUAAAACCAUCAGGGGAAAAAUCCCAACUUCUUUGUUUCUCAAUACCCUUAGUAAAACUUUUUUAAUGAUAUUUUCUGGGUUUUUACUGAGGUUUGAAAUGAUCUUUAGUGAGGAAUUAUGUUAACUUUACACAUUAUGGAUGUAUUUGCAGUAAAAUUGAUGACAGUGGAGAGUGCUUCUCCAUGUGCAGCAAUAUGAUUGACAAUAAAAACACACAUCUAUGCUGUUUAGUUGGCUCCACAAAGUCUGAGAUGGCAUCUAGAAUUAAUUGUCCAAAGAGUAUUAACUGAUUUAAAAGAAGUACAAACUGCUACUACCAUUGCUGACUAAAUGAAAAAAGACUGAAAGAAUUUGGAUUUUGGUUAAAACACAAAGUCCUUUUCAAAAUGGAGUCCUAACAAGGUGAUCAGGACCCUGGCACAAAGCAGGUCUUGUCUCGUCCUGCCAGGACUUAUUUCCAACUUCAGAGCUAAACAUGUUGACAUCAAAUAUGGAUUAAAAGAGGAUUCAUUUGCUUCAAAACCUGUAUUUAUGCAGCAAAAAAGUCCCUUUGAUUCCACACUCAGUCAAACUUUAAUUCUUAUCAGUCUCUUUACAGGACAAAUCAACAUUUGGCUUUACAUUUUAAUACAGCUGCAGUUUGAAAUAUUACACCGCUUAUUUGUUAGAAUUUAAAUUAAAAUUAGAAUUUACAUAAAAGCCAACAUUAUCAUUAACAUUAUUAACCAAGAGACACACUCCCCAGCCCUGUUGUCAUUGCCUGGAUUGCAGAACAGGAUCUUGCUCAACUCUCUCUCAUCAAAGCAGCCCCUCACACUGCUAUCAUCUCUGUGCCUGUAGAGACUGUCAUAGUUACACAACUACCAAGACCAGCCUGGGAUGAAAAAUAACGGUUUUCCAACAAUCUUUACCAAUUUAGAGCAUUAGUUGAAAGCAUAGACUGUAUAUAAGAUGAACAACCUGGUUCCGCCUGCCUGUAUACGGAUUUGAAGCCAAAAAGCUCUCGGUAAUUCCGGUUUUUUCUCCACUUCCUUGAAACCAGAGCUGUGCAGUAGAGUUGUGCGCAUUCGGCCGUGCAGUCGCCGAGAGUCCCUGUGAUGACGCUUGCCUCAAACAGUGUAUCCCCCAGGGAGACCUACGCAAUCCCUGAACGCCCAUAGGCUGUACCAGGUGUCAAUUUUAAAAAAGAUGAACCCCCCAAUAACUUUUAAAAACUGAGCUGUACAGAAAAAAAGGACUUGGGCACAAACCAGUCUUACUGUAACUACAUGUCAACAUCACAACCAGGGGGGAGAAAAAUGUAUGUUCUGUGUAAUAAGUUUCUAAAGUUUGUCCACAGUCCCAUAAGCUUUGCUGGUGGAGGUGGGAUUUAUGACCUGUACUGCAGCCCACCAUCAGAGGGUGCUGUUCUCGGAGUGACUUCACCCAGCAAGGAGGCAGACUCUGUCCAUCUUAUAUUCAGUCUAUGGUUGAAAGUAAGGUUUUUUGCCACAGUGAUGACGAGCAGAGGUGAAAUGCACCUGAUUUUUUCGAUGUGAGGUGUAUCAUCAGGUAAAGCAUUGUCUUUGCUGUUGACUGUUAAAUACGUUUGUUAAAGACCCACUCCAAUGAAAACCAUGUUUUUCUUGUUGUCUUCAUGUUCAUAUGGCAUUUUCCUGAAGCUACAGGACAUAUCAUGAGAAAAAUAAGUGCAAAAUUGCAUUUCUGAGUAUUUCUGCAUUCAAAUCGCUGUGAACCUCUGACAAACCUAAAUGGCAGGCUCAGACACAGUGAGAGCCUGCUGCACUGAUAGCAGUUACAACUGCAAGCUCUGCCCUCUGGGCCUCACUAUGCAGGCCAGACUGUGUGAAGUAGAGAGGACGGUUGUGGAACAAGCGUGUGCGGUAGCGGAUCGCAAUGCUCAUAAGAAAGCUUAUUAUGAUAUUAGCUUUCAUCAUGUCCCCAAAGACAUUAGUGUCCGAGAGCUAUCUCUCGGACACUAAUGUUACCUUCCACUUCUACUACACCAGCAAUGUUAUGACUCAGAGGUGAAUUGCUAAUGAGCUACUGGAGCUCUGCAGAAGAAAAACCCAUGAAAAUGACACAGGUAACAUGAUUUUGACUAAAAACUUCCAAAUCACAAUUUUAAAACCACUGAGAGCACUUUAAGUAUUAAACAAAAAAAACAAUCAGAGUGGGACUUAAAAAAUCAAAAACAAAAUAGUUGAUUGUAACACAAGUUUGAUUGAUGAUUAGGGAAACAGCCAAUCAUUGUUUAGGAUUUUGGAGUGUCAAAGGGCUGGGGCACGGUAUCUAUACCCUGAAUCCACCCCUGAUACUUGCAUCAGCAGGACUAAAUAUCACAGCUAGUGUUUUGAGUGUUUUAUUGUCACAACAGGUGAUCUGUUACUACUUUUUUGGAUUACUCUUGAGAUUUCUUCCUUUUACCUCUAAUGCUGUUCUUCUUUCUCAGGUAUGGCCAACGCAAUGUUGGUGGGAGUUCCGCCAGUGUUUGGUCUCUACACCUCUCUCUACCCUCUGUUGAUCUACUUCAUCUUCGGCACUUCUCGACACCUCUCCAUGGGUGACUGUCCAACAUCCGUUAUUAUUCUAUUGCAGUCUUCCACACUUAUAGUGCCUUGCUCAUGAGUUUUGUGUACGUUUUUUUUUUUUUUUUGUCUGUGAAUGUGUGACAGGUACUUUUGCUUUAUUAGCCAUCAUGAUUGGGUCCGUAACAGUCAAUGUGGAGUUGCCUAGCAACAGUGGUGAAGACAGUGAGAUUGAUAUACAAGCAGCAAAAGUCAACAUGGCGGUGCAGCUCACUUUCCUCUGUGGCCUCAUACAGGUACAAUGCCUCGCAUACACCUAUUAAGUGUAGUGAGUAUAGUUUAGAUACAUGAGUAUAGGGAGUUAAGUAUCUGACACAUGGUUCACAAAUCAACGCUUGAUGAUUCAUUGAGGGGGGAAAAAACACACUAUAAAGUGAAAAUUCAGAGGGAUAUUGGGCCAAAUUUAAAGCUUAAACAAUAAUUGAUUAAGUCAACCAAAUCUCAUAUUCAGUCAAAACUCCUGAGAAUAGGACUCUACCCAGCCUCUGGCUGUUAGUUAGCUACAAUUACCAUUGGAAAUUAGUAAUUAGCUUGUAAUGUUGUAAUCUAAUGAUCAUGGUAAUUUUAUCUGGCAGUGUGUUAAUUCAAGCAAGGAAGUGGUUGAAUGCUAUCAGAAGCCACUAGCCUCUUGCACAUAGCAAUUCCACCGCAGCACUAGUAUGGGCUUCAGCUGUCAUCUCUGUACCCAGGACAUAUCAAUGACAUAAAUAUCCCACAUCAAAAAGUCCUUAUUUGUAAAAACCUAUGUCAUGUUAGCUAAUGUCAUUUAAAAAAAUGAUUUUCCUCAAACAUACGUUCUGUCAUGACAGUUGGUAAAAAGAUGACUAACAGCUCUGCUGAUAAAUUCAGCUCCAGCAGCGUUGUUUCCUGCAUUAGCAGAGUAAAAGGAGAAUGUUGAGAGAUGAAGUAACAAACACUGACAAAGAGUCUUUAAACUUCACAAAACUGACCGCGUCCACUUCAAAUCAACCCAACCAAAGCAUGUACAAAUGCAGCCAGACUGUUUCUGCACAUGCUUUGGUUCCACCAGUUCAAUGUCACUUUUUGGAUAGUGUAGCUUCAUAGCCUACAAUGGGCGGAAACAAGUCAUGAGUCCAAUUCUUGCAACAGUCAGUGUUUCACUUAUAUGAACCUGUUACUUAUGUCUUAAGUCUGUAUUUUGCAGACAAGCAAAAGAGAAUCUAACAGCUGGAUGUCACUUAGAACCACAUUUGUUUGAACAGUUUCAUCCUUUCCCAACAGUUUUCUCUGAAACACUCUUUCUUCUACAGAACAAGUCAGCUUGAAAUACUGCCCCUAAGCUUCACAAGACAAAACAAAGAUCAGGGAUUCUGUUGUCUUGUUCAGUGUACUUUUUACUUUCCUUUGGAUUGUAAAGGUGUACCCCUGUCCAACUGAUCUCAGCCUGCUUUGUGCAGGUUUUCAGAGCCAACAUGUAGGCGUGUAGGCUGAGUUGCUAGAGUGCACAGAAUUUCAACCCCCUCUUGGGAGCUGGGCAGGAAUUUUUCCACUGUUCUGCCUAAUCACUUCAAGUCAAUCCAGAUGUUUCCAGCAUCUAAAGAAGAGUUUAAUGGCUAGACAACUUUUAGUGGUAUAAAACAUACAUUUUUACUUUGACUUAGGUCAUAACUAAAUGGUAGCUUUCAAAGGAACAAAUUUAAGGUUUCUUAAAUCUGAAGUUUCAUGUAUUUGUAUGUGUGUGUUCUCUGUAGCUCCUGCUGUACCUGCUGCGUGGAGGUGGUGUGUGUCGCUGGUUGUCAGAUUCAGUAAUCAGAGGGUACACCACAGCAGCAGCUCUACAUGUGAUCGUCCUGCAGCUGCCUCUUAUGACUGGAAUACCUGCUCAGAGAUACACUGGACUGUUGGCUUGGACUUGGGUCAGUUGCAACACUGCAGAAAAAUUAUAUUCAAACAUAUUGCCAAGCAUGAUCAGCCUGACCUCUGUGGUAGAUUAAAAGCUGAAGCCUUUAUGAAGUAGUCAAAUGUGCCUAUGGAAAAGUGCAAAUGGAGAUAUCUCACAUGCAUUAAAUCAAUCAGUUCAAUCAUUUCAAGCCGUCAUUUUUCAUGAAAUAAUAAUCAUAAAUUUUUUGUUGCACUCUGUAUUCAAGUCAUCAGGGCUCCCCCACAAACAAGCACCUGCUUGAGGAGAGUAGUUGAGUUGUGUUUAGUCUCUUUGCUAAAGAAACCAGGCAAAGCUGAAAAGAUGUUUGAUGGCUAGUACUAUGACUGGGACCCUAUAUGUACUGUUGAUGAAGUUAGGUGCUGUUCUGAGCAUUAUUUGUGGCUAUAGAGUGGUGUUUUGGUUGAGGUUUGCGCGUGGAGACUUAGACUGCUGUGUAUUGCUAUUGUGCGGUCUUUGCUUAAGUUGGAAUAUCGCCGGAAUAUCCCUUUAAGUCUGCAUGAUCUUUGUUUAGAACAGCUGGCUGCAAAACUAUCACCAAAACCAUCUUAUGUAUAAAGGGAUGCAGAACAAAUAGUUCUGACUUAAUUUUGCUGCUUAAGAAUUUUGAACCAACAAAAAUCUAAACUUGCACACAGUUUUUUGAAUGUUUUUAUGUCUUGGAUUUCCAGUCAAAUAGCCCCCUUUUGGCACCAAGUUUCUGUCAUUUCUCUCUGAGAAACUGAGAUCUUGAAGAACUGAAUCCAGCACACUGUCUUGGUAAUUAGAAGUCUCUUUCUAAAUGCUUUGGGAGCUGCUGUAAGUGAGUGAUAGCUUUGUUUUUAUUCUUGGCACCUCAAAUGGCAAAUUCAAGGAUGGUGUCAAACUCUUUCAAGGGUGCACUUUGUCACCAAAGCAUGGACAGGAUUUCCAAGUGAAGGCUAAGCUUGGAAUGAACCAGGGUUGUUUAUCAGCUGUAUGCAGGUCCUGGUUUACUUCCAGGUCUAUUAGACCACAAGUUAGACUCUCACGCAUGAAAAACCUCACUUCCAGAUCCACAACUUUCCUUACAUAGAGUGGUCACAACAGGGCAUUAGAGGAGAGAUAAAUGCGGGCAGUAUAACUUAUGAAUCCCAAACCAUACCUGUUGCUAUUGGGUAUCUUUGAAUUUAAUGAGUUUACAAGAAGUUUGAAACUUUGAGCAUAUUUCCUCUUCCAGACUUUAAAGGAUGUUCUGCAUGGAAUCCCCAGUGCUGUGCCAGGAGCCCUAGCAGUCUCUGUGGUUUCCAUGGUGAUACUCAUCGGAGGCAAGAUGCUGAAUGAGCAUUUUAAGAACAAGUUGCCUGUAGCCAUACCAUGGGAGCUUAUAUUGGUAAGGACGCACACAUGCACAUAUACACACAUAGAGUCAUGCACAUAAGAUGCUCCCAGAUAAGCAAAUGCUGCAGUGACAAACGGAUAAGUGACUCAUACUUAUGUAAAAAUCUGUUUUCAUCUGCAAAUCCAAGAAUCUCCACAUAUGAUAAAUAUCUGCACCUGGCUGCUGAUGAGCUGUUCAGUCAUCUGGUGUUUUGUUUUAUAAUUCAAUAUUUCCACAUUUUCCAGCUUGUCCAAUCUUUUACAAAAGAAAAAAUCCAAAAGCAACUCUCUGUGGAUUAUUAUGUCUAACUCCUGCAUAUAAAUUCAAAUAUGCUUGUAGAAGUAAACUCCAAUGAAAACACGUUAUUCUGAAGAGUGCAGGCUUCUGACCACCCUGCUCAGUCCUGUUAAAUGGCUGGCUUUAAAAUGUUUAAACCAAGGGUCUGAGAGCUGGCUGUAUCAGUCGGCUGACAGUAUUUGUGUUCUUUCACAUGCAUGUGCAGGAACAGAUGGAUUGAUCUAACAUUUAGAUGUAAUCAUCUGUUUAUUUAUGUCAUCCAAGUUGCUCAUCCUGUGCAGAAGAUGUCAUGUCCAUUGUUGUCUCCCACAGAUUGUCCUUUGCACAGUCGUGUCAGUGCAGAUGGAUCUGGCAGGACAGCACAGAGUCCAGGUGGUGGGACACAUUCCUAGUGGGUCAGUAGAACGUGUCAUAGUCUAGCUCUGUGUUUCCUGUUAUUUGCAUGUGAAAUUGAUCUCUUUGUGAUAGCUCUUGUCCUUUGCUGUGUUGAUUUUGUCAAACAAGUGCAUUUCUUUGUUGUAAGCCUCUAACACGUAAGUCAAGGACUUGCAGUCUUUCUGACACGUAAACUCCCAUUCUGCAUGUUUCUGCUCCAGUCAUGGAAAAAUAACAGAAGUAUCUUUGUAGUGUUGGCCUUGAUAGUUUUGAGAAAUUCAGUCUGCUUGAUGAGUCAUCCAGGAGGUGACUCAGCUUCAACCUGAGGUCAUAAUUCUAUCACUGUAUAUCUCUUUUUUUUUUCUGUAUAAAAUGACAGUCUCUGAGCUGAUCCUAUUGACAUCUCUUUCCUUCCCUCUCAUCCUCAGGCUUUCUUUCCCAGUUCUUCCUUCUCUCUCUCAGGCAAGAGAACUGUUCAUCCCAGCUCUGUGUGUGGCUCUGGUUGGGUUCAGUUUCCUCUCAGCUAUGGGCUCAGUAUUUGCUCGAAAACACAGUUACAAAGUGGACCCCAGUCAGGUAUAUUUUCAAACGCUUCAGUAUUUAAACUGGUAUUGAAUAUUUCUUAUGGUCUGCCUCUGAAACAACAGCAAAAGGAAGAAAAAUCUGUAUGCAGGUGCCAAAAGGAUAAGGUUAUUUUGAAAACAAGUUCAUCGAUCUGUCCAAUCACCAGUCUAUCCAUUUUCUUCUGCUUCUCUUGGGUUGGGUGGCUUUGGUCGUCGGCUAAAGAAGUUACCUGGACAUCCCUCUCCCUAACAAGUUUGCCUGCUUAACCUGGUGGAUAUGGAGGUUCCUAGACCAGAGUAGAUAACAGACACCCCCACAUUUUAAGUUUGGGCCUGGGCUAGACAUAAUAACCAGACCUCAGCAAGUUGCUCCAGGGGUGUUACAGGACUUCUGGGCCCCACCACAGCCCAUACCCACACAACUAUUCCAGCCCCCCUCCCAUACACAAGUGACCCUUUAAAAGCAGCAGAUAACUCUGUGUAGCACGCUUAAGAAGUCAGGCAGUAACAAGUGUGAUAUUUCAUACUAUUUGUCAUCUGUUUACUCAAUUAGUGGAUUAAGAUGACACAGGAAUGGUUCUAUAACAAUAUGAAACUUGUUUUCAUAUUCAAAGUGCAACAUUACAUGCUUUGUCCUUUGAACAUGUUUGCCUUGAUAGAUACAAUAAUAAAAAAAAAAGCAUUUCUACCCUGGUGAAACUUCAAAUUAGUUGUUUUUGGACACAUUUUUUGUUCUACUAAGCCUAAAUAUAUAUUUGGUGAUGUUUUCUUACUUUCCUCUGUUCACCAAUAUAACAUGUUUACAGGAUGGAGGGUGCAGACUUUUUCUCUCUCAUGCAACUAGUGUCCACUUAAACUGGCCCCUUUAAGGCUUGGAGGGAGUGCCUGUUGAUUUUGGCUGAUUUGAGGGGUGUUUAAAGUUUGGAAUAGUCUGUUUUAUUUGCUGAGAUUUUAUUUUUGGUUUUUAUUUUUUGCCUUUUAUUUUACCAUCUUUUUAUCUGUUGUUCAUGAUUUACCAAUGACACUGACUUUCUCUCAUACACUCUCAGUUCACAGAUUUAUUCAUUCAGUCAUGUGUUUGCUGAUGAAAGUAUUGACUUCUAGAGAAAAAAUUCAAACAAAAGGAUGUUUACGUUUUAGGCUCAUCAACGAACAAUAAAUCCCCUUCACCACCAGAGUACGUGCCGCUGCCUAUGUGUGAAUUUUCAAAGUAUUCUCGUCUUUUUUUGUGCUUCAGGACCUGCUGGCUCUGGCUCUGUGUAACACCAUCGGAGCAAUGUUCCAGUGUUUCGCAGUCAGCUGCUCCUUCUCUCGCAGUAUGGUCCAGGAUAGUAUUGGUGUCCAGUCACAGGUAGACAAGAUAAUCUAAAUCCAAAGACUGAGAUCAGAACAGAAUUUAUUCAACAGGCCUGUUUUCCUAACUUAAUUUCUUUCUGUUGUUUUAAUCCUGUUUAAUUAGAUGGCAGGUUUGGUUUCGGCUUUGGUGAUUUUAACCAUUUUAUUGAAGAUUGGUCACCUCUUUGAGCAGCUGCCAAAGGUAACCUCCCCAUGGCAUGAUGUCAUACACUCUACAGCCACAUUUAUCCACUCAUUUUAAUGACAUUUUUAGAUACAAUAGAGUUUUUCAUUUCCUAUUGUCAUGCACUUUUUGAAGUAAGUUGCAACCUCCAAUCUUGAGUAAUAAGACCAACAAGUGCUAAAAACUGUAGUUCCUCAUCUAUCCACUUGGGGCUGGGUGCAGAAGCACUAAAAGCCACAUACACAUCCAUUCUAAGAGCCCAUCUUCACAGCAUUAAUAAACAAGGUUUAAAGCCUGGUCAUGAAAAACAUUUCAGCGUGAAUAGCUCUUUUCUUUAUAGUACUGGGUGUGAGAUUUUUUUUUUUAAUUCAGAAGGUUAUGAGUUUUAGAUAAGCGCACAGUUAACUUGACUGUUGGGCUAGGUCUACUUCUUCAACUCCACCUCUUUGCCUCAAGCUAGGUCAGCCAAAGAUUAGUAAAAGUAAAAUACUGAUUCAGCUCCGUUUUGAAGUCCAUAUUCAAAUGUUUGGAUUUUGAGAUGCACUUUCUGAAAGUUGAAAUUGGUCUUCAUGUUGGCAAGAGAGCUCGCAAUGAUGUUAACAGUACAGUAUUUUCCUCUAUUGCAAUACAGGACUUAAAUGGAGUGCAACCAUAAACUGUUUAUAGAAUGGACGCUGUCUGCCUCCUCGCUGGGUAAAGCCACCCCGAGAACAGCACCCUCUGGUGACAGGCUGCAGUAUAGGUCAUAAAUCCCGCCUCCUCCAGCAAUCCCUAUGGAGCUGUGGACAAACUUUUGAAAUUAUUACACAGAAUAUACAUUUUUCUCCUCCUGGUUGCAAUGUUGACAUGUAUUGGUUUGUACAAGACUGCUUUGUGCUCAAGUCCUCUUUUUUCUGUGCAGCUCAAUUUUUAAAAGUUAUAAGGGGAUUAAUGUUUUCUAUGAUUGACACUUGAUGCAGCCUAUGGGCGUACGAAGAUUACUUAGCUCAUCUGAGGGAUACGCUGUUUGGGCAAAACGUCAUUACAGCAACUCUCGGCGACUCUCCUGCCGAAUGCAUACAACACUACUAUGCAAGUGGUGGUUCCAGGAAGUGGAGAGAAUCCUGAAAAUACAGAAAGCAAUUUGGCUUCAAAUUUGUAUAGUGACGGCGUGUGGAGCAAAGUUGUCCGUAGUAGAUACAGUCUAUGAGUACAACAUAGAUGCUCAAAAGUUUAAGUAGCUACAAAGUUUUUGUAUUUUGAACAGUACCUCCACUGUUUCUUAAACAGAAUAUACCAAAAAAUUUGUGUUUAUCAGCUUUUCAUAAACCACCAACAUGAAUAAUAGAGCAUCUCAGAGAAGAUGUUUCAAAGAAAUGUUAAGUCACUCUCCAUCUGGAGGAGACGGACUGUCAGGAUGAUUCACGUGUCCCAGCCAGUGUUCGGUAUAAAUCCUUGCUGUGUUUGUUCCAGGCAGUGUUGGCAGUGAUCAUCACAGUGAACCUGCAGGGGAUGCUGGCUCAGUUCAAAGAUGUGUGUGUGCUCUGGAAGGCUGACAAAUUAGACCUGGUGGGUAACACACUCAAUCUACACAUAUGCACAGUUUAAAAAAUUUAGGCUAUCCUUAUGCAGUCUCUUUGCAUAGAAUCAGAUGAAACAGUCUGAAUCCUCCUCUGACACUGACUUUAAAUUGCCUCCUCUGUCUGUCUGUCUGUCUGUCUGUCUGUCUGUCUGUCUGUCUGCAGCUGGUGUGGACAGCAUCACUGAUCUCCACUCUGGUCUUUAAUCUGGACCUGGGUCUGGCUGUGGCUGUCGUCUUCUCUCUGCUCAUACUCAUCUACAGGACACAACAGUCAGUAAAUAUUACUUCAUAUCACCCUCUUCUUGUGUCAAACCUUUAUCAAUGUGAUACAGUAAAGUUAACACUCAAACUAAUCAACAAAACAGGCACAGCUGCCAUUCACACUUUUUACAUUUUCAAGGGGAUGUUGUGAAAAGCUGUUCAGAUCCACCAAUAACCUUUGUAUUACCUGAACCCAAAAACACCCUUCACUUAUUCAGCUGUUAAAAUAUACUUGAAAUAAACAUUUCAGAAUUUUCAUUUAAAAUUGCAACUAAUAACAUUUUUGAAGUGCAUAUUUAAAUCUUUUUUGUUUUUCAUUCCACACAUCUUUUGAGUCCAUCAUCCUAACAAAAAUAAAUACUUACUGUUGUCUUUAUUUGUCAAUCAAAUGAGUGCAAUGACGUGUACUUUGGAUAUUGACUUUCAGAUCAUUUGUUCGGAUAAACACUGCACUGCAACACCAGGGUGGUCAAAAAUCAUGAAGCUUUCUCUAAUAUGAGGCUGGAAGAAGCUUCAGAAUGCAAAUUUUGUGAAGUCAUCUUAAUCUAUUCAUGAAAAAGGCACGUCAACAAAUAAUUAUAGUCCUAUCUGUAAACAUGUUUACACUGUAUAAUUCACUCCAUUUUCUACAGAAAAUGUAAUCCUUUUUUUUUUCUUUUUAAUUUAUGGGAAUUCAAAAUUUGUGUUUAACUGAGUUAGAGGCCCAUAAAAAACAUUUGACCUGACCCGACCUGAAAAACCCUCAAAAUUUUGCGCUCACAACUCCACCCCACGUAGUACUGUCCUCUUUUUAGGGAUUCAGAAUAUGGUCACCCUAAAAAAGAGGCAUUCACAACAUAACCAAAGCCCCUCAAAAGAUUAACCUCCCAUUUGUUGUGUCAGCUUUUGAACAUUUUACAGUGGCUCUUCUAACUAACCUGCAGGGCUCCAGGAGUGUCUGAACCAGCUUGACUUUUUGAAGUCCUGCAUCAGUCAGCCUAGCUGGAGUACUUCUUUGCUGAUUGAGUUUAAGUUCAGAGACCAUCUUUUUGUUUCCCCACAGUGGGGUGAUCACACUGCUCCAUCUGGUGGGAAUAUCUCUGUUUAGAGGCACCAGCUGCACCAUUCUCUGCUUGUACCCUUCCCGGUUAUUCUGCAUUUGUUGGACGUUGAUGGAGUUGUUCUUUGCAAUAAUACCAUUGCUUUGUAACUUUGAGAAGUUACAAGUUCAUAGUGGCCAUCUUCUAUACGUUAAACUGCAAGAGCAAAAAAGUGCAAUCAGUAUUAAUGUAGUGUGCAGCUAUCUUGGUAUGUUCAGUGGUCCAAGUGAAUGCACCAAGAGUUUGAUUUUUCAGGAGUCCAGUUUGGUUGAUUUCUCUGUUUCAUACAGGUCCUGUAAGCCAGACUCAUGACUGCUCUCACCAUGCUAACCUAAAUCAGUCUGAUGAGCUUUUUAGCCUGUAGGUGGAAACUCAAACUCAAAGUAGAUUUUUUGAGUCUCUUUGACACAUUAUGCAAAUAACUUUAGACCAGUCAGUGAAGCCGUCCUGGCUUUUUUCAAAGUGGAACACUUAAAAGCUGGGUGGGAAUGUUAAUUUCCGUCAUGGUGGCAGCAGGGAGUAGACUGAACCACAAUAGUAAGCUAAUGUGUUAAAAAAAAAAAAAAAAAAAAGAUUAAUGUGCCAUUUCAAAAGAUUAACACAUAAUUAUUGACCAUAUGUGACUGCAUUAAUGCUGACAGCCCCACAAAAAAAUCAAUUUAACCAUCUUAUUCUUAUUCAGUGAAGAACUAACAUACUGAAGCUGAUGGUAAACUCUGGACUGAGACAGCAAGAUAAACUUUUUAUAUUUCAUCAACAUGUAGGGGACUUAUUUCUUGUUUCAAGUGUUUUUGUAGAUCUUGACGCAUCAUAGGCUCAAGUGUUUUGACAUAAACAGAUUGAAAAUGUCUAAAAUAGAAAAAAGAAGCAAUGAUCUCUGCUCGAAGGAGCAGAAGUGCUUUGGGGAAAUCAGGAUUUAAUUUUAGAACAGUGAAAAGUGCGCUGACUGUGGCAUGCCUAUAAUCUAAUAUUCCCAAAGGCAUCAAGGUAUGAAAUUGACAAGCUGUAAAUUCAGGCUGCAAACAUAUCAGUAUUAUUGUAUAACAAAUUUGUAAUGUUAACAUUUUCUCAUGUUAUCAUAUUUCUGUUCAUCCCCAAAGUUUAGUUUUGUUCCCUCCCACUGGUUUUCCUAGCAGACUUGCACUCUCAUUUAAUUUCCCUCUCCCUCCAUCUCUCUUUUGGAUCUCAUUUUUGUCUUUCAGCUCCUCCACUGUUGUUUUGGGUCAUAUUCCUGGUACAGACUGUUACAGAGAUGUGGAACUUUAUUCUCAGGUAAACUCACAACAAUAUGUUCCCAAAGCCUUAAACUGGGUUAACUCUUAAUGAUGCUCAAGAGAUGCUGGGUUGCAUUAGGACAUAGCAGAAGGAAGAAACCGCAUAAAUAACAACACUUUGAACACAUGUUUCUGUCUCUCAUGUCUCGCUGUUGCUUUGUGUUUUGAUUAGAUACAGCUCAUCUCUGUACAAUUGUUGUAAGUGUAAUGGGUCAGUAGUGUAGUGUAAGUUUCUUAGAGCAAAAAUCAAAUGGCAAUGAGAAAGGGUCAGGUCUUUCCUGUUGUACAUGCUGGCAUACAUUUACAUAGAGAAAAGGUGGCUGAAUUCUGGAGUUGUUGGCCUCCUGGGGAAUGAAGCCAACUUUGCACUCUCCUAGAUUUAAGGAAACCACUGACCAGCAUUCCCCAGUUUUAAAAACAGCAGUGUUAAAUCUUCAUACAAGAAGAACAAUGUAAAAGGCUCUAUGCUUGUGUUCUCCUCUGCUUUCAGCCUAAUUUUUAGAGUACAGAUAUUGAAGCGGUAAUGCUCCUCUCAUUUAAAUCUUGGUUCGACAAGCUCUUUUCUUGAUUAACAGCAGUGAAGUUGCUUUUUUAAAGUCAGGAUGAAUCAGAAAGACUGAGCGCCAAAAAAGCUUGGAGGGGACACCAAGACCUGUCUUUUCUUUAAAUGCUGUAAAACAACAUGGUCAAAUGUUUCCUUGUUUCUCUACUGCUCAGUCAUGCAAACCUUUGACUUACCUUGUCUAAGACUUUUAGAACUACACAUUCUCUUUUGCAGAAACUACCAGGUGUUCAUAGUGAUUGUCCAGCUAGCCUCACCAUCUAGUUAAUACUGUUCGGACAGUGAGGCUGGCUGAAAUAUUGUGUUUGAUAAUUAUAAUAUCAUAAAAAUACAGUCUCCUACAUACAUUAAAGUAAUCAGAGUCUGUUAUUCGCACACAGAGAUAAAUCACACAGACUGUGCACCUGCAUAUCCUAAUACCCAUUACUGUGAAUAACUAUACUGAACCCUCCACAGCAUGCUUUGUGCACGUCUGAUUUUGAUUAGAUCCAGAUCACACCAUCUACGAGGCAAUUACAAAUUCAUCUUUAGUCCUAAAGUUUAAUUAAAACUGAUUAAAGGUGUUUAAAGGGACAAAAGUAUCCUGUGGGAAUAUUCACGUUUCCUCAACUUUCCACAUAAUGUCUGUCUUUUUCAAAAAUAAUUGCCCAAUUUUAACAGCAAUACUGACCCACUGCUAGCCAAAAUAUCCCUAAAAAUACAUUCCUGGUCUAAUCUGUUGAAUACCACCAUCUGUCACACAUCAAAACACCAAAGGCAGUCUGUGCUGGCUCCCAGCAUCAGUGAUUACAUGUCAACACUUUGCUCUCUGUUCAAUCCUUUGGUUCUCUCUUCAGUCUGUUUCACUGCUGCUCAGUUCCCCUCUGUGGACCUCUUUAAGCGUCAUGCAUUAGUGACAGUAUGUGCAGAGGCACACAUGGAAUCAUUUUGUACUUAUUAUCUUCUUUUAUCUUACCGAUAUUACAUAGAAAUGAUUAGCUCAGUUUUAAUGUUUUUUAAGGAAAGAAUCAAAGAGAGAGAGAGAGAGAGAGAUACUUUAUUGACAGACUCAAGGUCCAUAAACAAAACAAUAAAUACAAGUACAAACAGAAACAAACACAACACUGAAUAAAAUAAAAAAAAUUAAAAAAAACAUGUCUGCAUUAUAAAAGACAUCUACACCAGUGUUUCCACCAGGGGAACUAAGUGGAACUAAGUAGGGGAUUUGUCAUCUGUCAAUCUGCACAUAAAUUUAUACAUCAGAUUUCUCAAGAAUGCAUAAAAAGAGUAAAGUCCAGCAUUACAAAAAAGUUCACUCGCACUGGUCCGCCUUGAUUUCUUCAAUAAAAUCCUAACGGCAGUAGUAUAAAGAGGGGUACCAUAUGUCCUGGAGAGAGUUAUCUUAACACUGUCAGAGCACAUAGAGAAUCUGCGCACUUAAGUGUUAGCCUGAGCAUUAAGCAUCGGGCACUAUACAAGUCAUCAUCGUCAAACAUAUUAUCAGUAAUGAUGUGCCCAAGAUAUUAGAUUUUGUUCUUAAGAAUAAGCCUUUGCCUGAAAGAUGAAAAUUUGGGAAACUAAGGUCCCUAUCUCCUUUACAUCUACAAAUCAUUACUGUACUCUUUUUGGCAUUGUAUUGUAUUGAACAUCAUAUUCAACCCCAUAAUCUGAACAAAUAUUCAGCAGCUGCUGAAACCCAGCACUGCUAGAGGAAAAAAUGGCCAGAUCAUCAGCAUGGUUAUUAUUUUGUUUCCUAACACAUAACCGGUGUGUUUGAAUGUUUGUUUUUCAUCAUCCUGAAUGCAAUACAGUGCUUUGGAUUUGCAUAAAAAAAGUUCAUUUGGGUUAAGAGGCUGGAAAUAUGUAGAAUAAAGCUUCAGCAAUAAAAGAUGCCAUAAAAUGAGGAUAUCUCUUAAAAUGACAUUAAAAUGUCAUUCUAAAUAAAGCUUCUGUCAGGAGUUUUGAAGUGGAUAUGAAACUGAUCUAUAAAAGCAAACAAGACCUUGAUAACAAGGCUUAUUUCUACCUAGUGUCAUUUUCGAUGUCUGAAACCACCGUAAGGGGUUGGUGUCAGACAAUACAGUUUCCAGCUGAUAGCAGGAUUAGAAAUGUAUUCAGGAAACACAUGAUGGCUUUGUUUGCUUUUGUCUGUCAUAAACAGUGUCAGUGGAAUUUCGGUCAAAGUUAGGAACAUGGAUAAAACCCUUACAGAAGCUUCAACAUUGAAAACAUGUUAGGAAGGGCUCACUGGUUGCAGCUCACAGUGUCAGGAAAAUGCUGGAUAUCAGCUUAAAUUCAGUGGUCAAGUCAAACACAGGACCAAUGAAGGUAUUUUAUUCAUUACUAAGUAUUAGGUUUCAGACUAUAUCUAUAUAAAAAUGUAUCCUCAUUAUCAUCGUAUUGAUUGUAUUAAGGUCAAGAUUUAUGUAUAAUUACAAAAGAUGUUGCUGAUUUGGCUGCCAGCUAUCUGAUGUCUUCUGUUCUGAUACAUUAGCAUAAAAGUUUGGAGCUAAAGAAUUGAUGCACCAUGGUCUGCAAUGUGUCACACUCACUUGCUGUAUGUCUAAGUCAGUUACUGUAAAAGAAUCACACUGCUUUUAGAAAAUAUGACCUCCUAUACAGCUUGUCCUAAUUACUUCUCAUAGUUGUAGCUCUAGCAGACUCUAAUUUGCACAUAUUGUGUGUCUUUGUUGUUUGUUUUUUGACAGGCACAGCGAGUUCCUGGCAUGACUUUACUCUCCUGCUCCAGUCCCAUUUACUUUGCCAACUCUGAACUGGUCUUCACAGAGAUCAGACAGGUGCUAGUAAAUGCACACGCAUUCACGCACGCAUGCACACGCACACACACACACACACACACACACACACACACACACACACACAAAAAGACUAUGAUUGGGAGAAAGAAGAGGCAUGAGUCAUUAGCAUCAGUAAAUGAGGGAUGAUUCUGAGUGAGAUAUGGGGUGAGAGAAGAGGUUAUAAUUGUAAUAAGGAUAGUUAAGGAGUCCAGAUGAGCUCCAGUAUCACAUCAUUUAUCUUCUCCAAUCAAGGAUGUGCCCCUACAUGAUGAAGUCCAUCCAUAUGUGCAGCUUAUUUUGAGAGAUUCAGGGGUGGACCCUCGGUAUAAGACACGUAUUACUGACAAUAGUGAAUGUCUGUCCUUGUGUUUUGAUCCUUUUGUUUAAUAUAGAAGAUCACCACAAGGAUCUUUGAACAAAUCCUUCAACUCUCAGUGUACUUCACUGUGACCUCCUGUAUAUGAAUAGAAAGGGUUGCUAUGUGUAAUUUCUGUCUCUCCACAUCCAGGCAGUGAGCAGAGGUCAGAUCGAGAACCCAGCUGGGGUCCACACCUUGGGCGGCUCCUCCUCCUCACUCUCAGCCCAGGCAUGGACGCAUACUCAUUGUUUGGUGCUUGACCUCAGUUCAGUCAGUUUCAUGGACUAUACGGCUUCAAAAUCACUUUGUAAGGUGAGGUUAGAAAGUCAUGUGGUGGAUAGAUUUUUCUUCACCACAAUUUGGUGAAUGGUACCUGUGCUUAACUUCCCAAAGGUUGUUCAUUGAUUGAAAACAAACAUCCAACGACGCAUCUUUACUUUUUGUUGUCUGUUUUGGCUGGCUUUGAGUCUCAGUAGCUCACUCAGACUUUCCUGCUAUUUUUCUGUUCAUCCCAUGAAUUUAAAUCGCCUAAUCAUCAAUGCAACAGAUAAAACUCAACCAGAAAAGGUCUCUUAGAAACUUCAAAAAAACUUUCUGUUGAAAAGAAGACCAUCAGUAUAAGAUGUUUAGAUAAAAGUGAUGUAUUUGAUGUAGCAACUGUCUUGCAGAUGCAAAUUUGAGCUCAUUCAUAAAAAGGAAAAAACUUUUUUUCUAAAGUGGUGCUGAAUCUUAUUUGUCUUUGUUUGGAUCACAUUGGGGCUUUAUUCACAGGAUUGUGUGAGUCACAUUGGUUUUAAUUACUCAAAAAAAUAGCUUCAAUGCUAUUUUUUAUUAAUGUGCUGCAACAAGCUCUGCAUUAAGGAGGCAAAUGACUUUCUGUUACAUGCAUCCAAGCCGUUUGCUGGCUAGCUGGGCAUUUGAACAUUUCAGUCUUUUUUUUUUUUUUUUUUUUUACUUUGUCAUUAAAAGGAUAAGGCUACAGUUUUGUGCCCAUGUGCCCUGGCAAAUUGUAUCAAACUCGUGUCAAGCUGCUUAAUUAUUUUCUUUCAUUCUUUUUAUCUGUUUUCAUCUCUGCAUCAGAUUUUUAGGUUGCAGGCUAACUAUAUUUGUUCCCACUGAACUCCCAGUAAUCUAGAUGAAUCCAACCUUUUUUCACUCAUGACCGCAAUUUAAUGCAACAAAACUGUUGUCAUCUCAGACUGCUGUUUUAGGCUGCACAAAAUAUCCAGAUUAAAACAAUAUUAGUGAUAAGACAGAGCUGCUCUACUGAACAACAAAUACAGACACGUGCAGAAUUGUUUAAGGGACGUGUGAUGUUUGACAACAAUGGGAAAAGCAAGUAACCCCAGGCAGCGUUGAGUGCUUUGAUUAAAAUAUGCUCUGUUAGGUUACUAGCCUCAGUUAUGAUAUGACAGAAAACCAUCUUGCUUUUUUGUAUGUGUAUUUUUCAUAAGGGAACAGGAAAUAAUACAGUUGAUUUAUACUCUGUGGAGGUGCCUUUAUUAUCUUGAUACCAAAGUGUUUCUAAUAGAUCAAUGACUAGAAAUUUCAGGUCUUAAGUAAACAACAAAAACCUAAUAAAUUUUAACCAAAAUCCAUCUGGGUACCUUCAACGUGUGGCAUUUACAGGAGUCCUGUGUCCCCUAAUAGUAGUUUAAAAACUGAAUUUUAACUUUAUUCAGAUCUUAAUCUGAUUUUAAUCUUGGCCUGUUUGAUUCACAGAAAAGGGGGCCCCUCAUAAACAAAGCACACCGAGGAUUCAUGCUGUCGCUCUCUCGUAAUGAGCUCAACAUACUGUUGCUUUGCACGGCUCUGUGACUGACAAGACUGAAAUCAUGUGCAGGAAUUUUUGAUUGAUUUUUUACUUGGGGAAGCACACUUGUCAGUAGAGCAGGUGUAGUAUUGGCAGUAUUGUGUUGAAUAAAGACUGUAUAUGAAAAUUAGAUUUACAUAGAGUGGGAGAUUUUUUUUUUUAAGAUUUAUGCCAAGUCUAAAGACAAUAUUGUGAACUAAUGUGUCCUUUAGCUACAUGUCAGAAAACUGAAUCUUUUCCCUUUUAAUACUCGCAAUAUUUGCAUUAGCUUCUCUUUGCUGUGGAAAAAAGCCCCCCCUCGGCAGUGGGGGGGGGGGGGGGGCUAUCUUUUCUGUUAUCUUUUCUGUUAUCUUUUCUUCCACUUUGGCCUCAAUGAUAAAAACUGAAAAGUUGUUCUUAACAGUCAACACGUGCUGAAGCGCCAAUAAACACUGGGGCAAAGAAAUAAACAUGGACCUAUCCUGUCAUAGUGGUAAAACUGUGACAUAUAGACCUCUGAAUAACAUUCAUUCAUCAUUUUCACUUCACUUUAGUUAAUUACCAAUAUUAAGCUAAAGUUUCAACCUUCACCUUUUUCUUCUGUGUGUCUUUCUUUUCAUUCAAUUAGCACAGUUUUUUUUUUUUUCCAUGUUGUUGAACAGGUAAUAGAAGACUUGGAGGUCCAUGGGGUUGGCGUGUUUCUGGCAGCGUGCCCAGGUCAGCUUCAUGUUUCAUACACACUUAUCUCUCACAGAAUGAUCCUCACCGUCUGUCUUACUCUCUCUCUAUCUGCUCACUUCCCCACUCAUUCAGUCACCAAUGGAACACACACACACGCAUGCGCCCGCACACACACACACACACACACACACACACACACACACACACACACACACACACACACACACACACACACACAACAUCAUCACAGGCAUGUCAUACACAUUAAACAGAUCCAAAUUUGAGUGUCUCAUUGUUUUCUCAUACCAUUAGCUAAAAUUGAAUCAUAUUAUAUGCCUGGCUAACACACUUUGUAUGUCAACAGAGAAAGUUUUGUCCCAGCUCCAGACUCAGGGUUGUGUACCUGACAUCCUGCCAAGCCCCUGUAUCUUCCCAUCGGUCCAUCAUGCUGUCCAACGUUGCCUCAGCAACUUGCCAAGGCCUCUGGAAGUAAGUAAAGUAUUUUCAAGGAUAAAAAAGUUGCUUAAGUUGGCAUUUCUUUUGCUUUUCUAACCAAGCCAUUUAUUAUCUGCAGCUCACUCAAUCUAAGCAUCAAAGCUUGUUAACAGCUUUCUGGAAUUACUAAUAAAUAGCUAAAAAAAAAAAUUUAAAAAGGGGGGAUAAAACCUCUGGUUGGGCUCCAGUGGAAGCUACAACACAAAACAAUAAUUCUGAAUUUACUCUGUAUGAAGUAAGGGUGGAAAAGAGGUGAGACUUUUUUAAUUCAGAAGGUUAUGAGUUUUAAAUAGGGGCACGGUUAACUUUACUGACAGGCUAGGUCUACUUCUUCAACUCCACCUCUUUCCCUCAAGCUAGGUCAGCCAAAGGUUAGUAAAAGUAAAAUUAGUAUUUUACUUAUUCCAUAUUUAAUUGUUUGGGUUUUGAGAUGCACUUUCUUAAAGUUGAAAUUGGUCUUCAUGUUGGCAAGAGAGCUGUCAAUGAUGUUAUCAUUUGUAUUUUUCCCCCUAUUGCAACACAGGACUUAAAUGGAGUACAAUCAUAGACUGUAUAUAGAAUGGACGCUGUCUGCCUCUUCGUUGUUUGAAGCCAACCCGAGAACAGCGCCCAUUUUUGAAAGUUAUAAGGGGGUUCAUGUUUUCUAUGAUUGACACUUGAUACAGCCUAUGGGGCGUAAAAAGAUCGCGUAGAUCACCCAGCAGGAGGAUACGCUAUUUGAGUCAAGCCUCAUCACAGCGACCCUCCUGCUGAAUGCGUACAACAUUACUACACAGGUGGUGGUUCCAGGAAGUGGAGAAAAUCCUGAAAUUACAAAGAGCAAUUUGGCUUCAAAUUCGUUUAAUGACGUAAAGCGGAGCCAAGUUGUCCAUAGUAUAUACAGUCUAGGCUGUACACACUUUAAUUCUGUAGAUGUUGGAUGUGUUCACAGUAACAGUGUGGUAAAUUGUGUGUAGCUAAAAGUUUGGUCACUGUUUUAACAUUAUUGUCUCUAUCCAUGCUGGACUCCGUGCAUUGAUCUCAUUGCCUGUUUUUAAUGGUUUUAGUAUUUUAAAAUCUCUGUUUUCAUUUUGGAAGCCUUAAACAGGGACAGGGGUUGUAAUUUAGUUCUGGGAAGAAGCCUGUGUUAAUAAAUAAAUAUGGGUAUCAUAUGUGUCUGGGUUAACAUUAAUGCUCUUGGGGAUUUUCGUUCAUCAAAAGUUAUGAUGCGAAAGGAAAUGAUCAAUAAAAAACAAUGAGAAUAAUUUCAAAUGUCCUCCUGUUUAACAUGAGGUGCAGAAUGACAUUCAUCAGUGUUGAUUUAAUUUUUAAUCUCUUUCCAGGAAGUCCACUCAGCUGCAAGUCAAUGUUGA